AUGGAUCAGAUGCUUGAAAGGCUUGCAGGACAUGCUUACUAUUGCUUUCUGGAUGGAUACUCAGGCUAUAAUCAGAUAGUAGUUGAUCCAAGAGAUCAAGAGAAAACAUCAUUUGAAUUUGACAUUGAAAUCAAAGACAAGAAGGGUGUAGAGAACAAGGUGGCAGACCAUUUAUCAAGGAUACCAUGUGGAGAAGGAAGCACACAAAGCACACAUAUAAAUGAGUGCUUUCCUGAUGAACAACUCAUGGUAAUUCACAAAGCACCCUGGUUUGCAGACAUAGCAAACUUCAAGGCCACUGGGAGUUUGCCGUUGGAAUUUAACAAGCAUCAAAGGAAGAAAUUGGUAAAUGAUGCCAAAUACUUCAUCUGGGACGAACCAUACUUGUUCAAAAAAUGUUCGGAUGGCAUACUCAGAAGAUGCAUAUCAGAGGAAGAAGGAAGGGAAGUCUUAUGGGACUGCCAUGGCUCCACUUAUGGAGGACAUUUUGCAGGAGAAAGAACAGCAGCUAAGGUGUUGCAGUGUGAUUUCGUGGGACCCUUUCCCACCUUAUACUCAAAUAAUUACAUUCUUGUGGCAGUAGACUAUGUCUCCAAAUGGGUUGAAGCAAUAGCAACUCCAACCAAUGAUAAUAAGGUAGUCAUGAACUUCCUCAGAAAACACAUUUUUUGCCGUUUUGGGGUUCUAAGAGCAAUCAUCAGUGAUGGAGGAAUCCACUUCUGCAACAAACCAUUAAAAGCAUUGCUUCUAAAAUAUGGAGUCAAACAGAAGGUAGCCACACCAUACCAUCCAUUGCCAUUAUCAGAAAUCAUAAUUUUGCCUAUCACUUUCAAAACACCAAUUGGAAUGUCUCCUUACCAACUAGUAUAUGGAAAAUCUUGCCAUUUGCCACUGGAGUUGGAGCACAAGGCAUUCUGGGCCUUGAAACUCUUGAACUUGGACAGCAAAGCUGCUGGAGAAAGAAGGAUGUUGCAAAUUCAAGAGCUGGAAGAAUUCAGAGCUGAAGCUUAUGAGAAUGCCAAAAUUUACAAAGAAAGAGCAAAGAAGAAGCAUGACAGCAACAUAGCCCCAAGGAAAUUCGAAGCGGGACAAAAAGUAUUGCUCUACAAUUCUAGGCUGAAGCUAUUUCCAGGGAAGCUAAAAUCAAGGUGGUCUGGACCAUUCCUUGUCACCAAGGUCUCCUAA